AUGCCAUCAACAUCAUUCUCACCGAGCAUCGCCAUUAUUGGGGCCGGCCCUGCUGGCUUAACACUCGCUCUACUACUUCGUGCCCGUGGUAUUAAAUCAACCAUCUUUGAACUUCGCCAGAAGCCCACCGAGGAAGAGCUUGCAAAGCCAUCCGGGUCUUUGGACCUUCACGAGGAAUCUGGUCUCGCUGCCAUAAGAGAAUGCGGACUCUGGGAUGAGUUCAUCCGAUUGACGGGGGACUGUAGCGAGGCCCAGAAGGUUGCCGAUAAAGAUGGUAUCAUUUUGCAUGAGGAUCAAGGAGAGUUGAGUGAUCGUCCAGAGAUAUCCCGUCAUGCAUUGAUCAAGCUGCUUGCCUCUCAUCUACCCGAGGCUUCUAUUAAGUGGCUGCAUAGAUUGAAGUCCGUGACCCAGUUUCAAACUACUAGUACCACCAGCCCCAGGGUUCAACUCGACUUUGGUGUCCAUGGAAUACAUUUCGUCGACUUGGUUGUUGGGGCCGACGGAGCUUGGUCCCAGGUUCGGAGUAUGUUGACUGCGGUGAGACCGAACUACGUGGGUACUCAAAACAUCACACUCACGAUCCGGCAAUUGACGCUGAAAUAUCCUCAUCUCGAUGCUCUGAUCGGCCGUGGGAGCUUCUCCGCCUUGGGUCUUCGUCAUGGAGUCAUGUCCCAGCGUGGACCCCUAGACUCGGCGAGGAUCUAUGUCUUCUUGACGACCCCCGAUGAACAGGCGGCCUUCACCUUGGGUCUUGCUAAUAAGUCAGCAUCGGCAGCAAAGAAAAUACUCCUGACGAAUGACGCUUUGCUCGGGGACUGGGGAGAAACAAUGAAAGACUUGGUGGCUCUUGCCUGUGACGAGGAAACAAUGGAUAAUCCGGAUGCUGUCGUUGACAUUCGCCCUCUCUACACUCUUCCGAUUGGUAUAUCGUGGGAACAUAAUCCAAGUGCAACUCUUGUUGGUGAUGCGGCGCAUCUAAUGUGCCCGUGGGCCGGGGAGGGUGUCAACCUGGCGAUGUGGGACUCACUCAGCUUGGCCCACGUGAUUUCCAACGCGGUUCAGUCAACAGAACAAACUGGUGCAUCAUUUAGCUCUCGACUCGGCCCACUUUUGAAGGAAUUCGAGCAGACGCAGGCAUCUCGUGCCAAAGAAAAGGCAGAAGAAACUGACCGUAACGGGAAGAUGUUAUUCUCGGAGGAUGGAGCUCAGGCAUUCGCGAAAUUCUUCCAAUCCGUGUAUGGAAGUGUACCAGAAACAGCAGAAGCUCACCACGAGAGGGGCGGAGAGACGGAGCGAUAUCGAUAA